AUGGAUGUCGUUAAGACGCGGCUCAUGACACAAGCCCCUGGGUCGCGACAGGGGAGAGUCCUCCUGCUACGACCUUCACGACUGCGGUCUCGGGCGCAGCAGGGAUGUUUGCAGGCAGCAGCAGAGUGCAGCAUACUGUUGUGGGGGGUUGCUGCUGCAGGGGCCGUUGCUGCUGUCGUGACGACGCCAAUGGAUGUCGUUAAGACCCGGCUCAUGACACAAGCUCCAGGGUCGCGACAGUACAGGGGCUUCUUUCACUGCCUGGGCACCAUGCUGCGGCGCGAGGGCUUGAGGUCUCUAUUCUUAGGGGUGCAGAUGCGGUGUCUGUGGGUUGCGUUGGGGGGCGGCAUUUUCCUGGGGGGAUACGAUGCGUUCAGCGGUUACUACCGCCAUUUGUUUGAACGCAAUCGUCUUUUUGAGUCGCAGUGCUGCAACAGCUGCAGCAGCUGCAGCAACUGA